AUGUCAGCCAGGCAAACCUCCCACAAGAAGAACUCGAAAUACUUCAACUCCCCUCCAAACAGAUGGAAUCUCAUCGACUUCUUGAAGUACCGACACCCCCGGGACGCGACGCGUCGCAAGAUUGCCGAUUCUUGGAUUAAAUCGUUGGAGAGUAUUGCGGCCUGCAACGGUCGCUGCCAUACCGACGAGGGGCGUGAGAGGGCGGAGACGUUGCUCAGUCGGUAUAGAGAGAGAGACUCAUCGGACCGAAAAUACGCCAAAAUAUGGACCUCCCUCAAGAAGUCGACAGAGCGGCCAUCGCCAACCCCUGCGACGAUCAAUUAUGCGCCUGUUUUCCAGAAUGGCGGCAGUGCGCCUCUGUUCCAGAAUGGUGGCAGCGCACCGGUUUUCCAUACUGCAGGUACCGCUGCACCUGUCACUAUCAAUAACAAAGAUGCCGAUCGCAAUCUGUCUUCGCCGGUGCCAUCUAAUAAAGAGGAUGGUGAGGAAGAGGCAGCGAUAGACGAGUGGGAACUGUCAGAUACUGUAGCCGGGGAGGAGGAUGAGGAUGAGGAGGAUGAGGGUUAUACAGAUGAGGAGGACGAUAUCAGCGAUAAGGAUUCACCCCCACAUAUUGUAGCGUUCCAAAAAGCCUAUCGCAAGACCGAAGGCCACCGGUGGAGGCUGUCAACUGGCCGGGAUGUCGAAACCGUCCUCUUCUCUAAAUUCCAUGCAGCUGACGGUGCUGGUUUUCACGCGAACCUGGCAUUGUCUUUUAUUCUCGAUUUGGGUGACGACGACGACGACGACAACGUUUGUAAACGCUGGUUUUCGGACGAGGAGUGGUUGGAGAUCAAGGCCACUACUCCACCACUCUCGAGCGAAGGGUUGAUGCCAUUAUUCAAGAGUUUUGACCGGUUCGAUGGGGCAAAGACAGUUUCGGAAUUCAGACAUCGGGUCGACACCACGCGGUAUAAAGAAGAUGGCGAAGUCUACAACCGCGAGAAGCAUUACGACCUAUGGUCCGCAGAUUUGGCGGUGCAGCAUAUCCUUGGCCUUUGGGAAGAUCCUGACCAGCCCCUUCGGGCACCUCAACUCGAAGACACCCUCUCGAGCUGUCUAUGGACACAUAUAAUCGACCAUCCACUUCUAGGGCUAGCCGGAGUCCAAAUGAUCCAUAAGGAAAGUUCCUGCCGCUCCACCGCCCGGCGGAAAAACCGCCACCGCACACUGCCGACACAGCGACAGCUCAGUGGCCCGAAGAUGGACGGCAUCAUCCGCUCCAUCAAGGACCACAGCGAGGAAUUCGGCGCUAUGGAGGUCGCCUCGUCCUUCGGCAGCGUGGGCACAAAGUCUACCAAGCUGCUAAUGGACACCAACAAGCUGAUCAAGACAUUGCGGGAUAUGCUUUUCGCGCUGCAUCAGCGCGUGAACUUCGACCCGGCAGUUACUGGGAAGCUACAGGUGGUGGGGAUCAUGUGUGCGGGGUUGCAAGUCCAGUUCCUCAGGCUGUACUGUAAGGGACAUGUUUCUGUCCUGGUGCGGGAGCGCAUAGAGGAGGUACCUGUGGAUUGCUUGGAGUUUAAGGGCUUGAAGAGACUGCUGGUUAAGUUUGCGAUGAUGAAGAAAACAAUUGCGCAGUCAGUAAGCGCGGUCAGCGAGCGCUGUCCUGCGGUCAGUACUGCGGAUGAGAGGGUCAGGAGCGAUGAGGAGAGACUGCAGGAACUACUUUCUGGGAAGGUUAAGGAUUGUAGGCCGAAGUUGGAUUGGGCGGGGGAUUCGCCGCCUCCGGACCGGUAG